UACUAGUUAGUUUUAUACUGCUUUGAUUGUUGACAAGUCUCUUUCUGAUUUGAAAUUGAGUUGCUUUCAUGGAGUUUGGUUUUAGCUUUAUAUAAUUUAAUAUUUUUCUAUCUAACGGACCUUUUUCUUUUAAAAGUGAGUUUUUUCUUUUUCUUGGAUGUAUGUUAUAGAAAACCAAAUGUACUUGUCUUAGGUGUCUGCUGUCCGAUGACUGGUUUUUGUUAUCUUUUUGGCCUUUCUAUUCUUAAUGUGUGAUGGGUCUAACAUAUAUGGUGAAUAAGCAUAGCUGUGAUACCCUCUGAGUGUGAUGCAGUUUUCAGCUAAUGUGAGUAAGUUGUGAGGAUAAGAUUUUCUUGCUCUCUUGGUCUAAAUUCUUGCUUUGAUCACAAAAUUUGACUCAUCUGAUACGGAGCACGUGGCUGGUGUACAAUUCAAGAAACUUGAAUGGUCCUUGAGAUGAAGCUUUCAUGAAUGAACUACUCUUUGUGAUUUGACAACACGAAAUGAGGGUUGGAAAGGAAGCUGCAAUUGCUUUCAUCAUUAGCUUGGUCUGGAUACAGCAAAUUGUUGGCGAUGAAGAAGGGCGUAAUGCAUCAGUAACAAGUAAAUGGACCUGCAGCUGUCACGCCAACCCGAGUUUUGCUGUUCCAGUAAACUGUUCUUCAUCCUGUGAUUGCACUAUUGACAAAUCAAGCAAGAACAGAUGGAUAUGUAUAUGUGCAGCUGAUGGGUUGCCUAGAGUGGCUGCUGAUCGUAAUGAUAGCAGCUGUUUUACAGCCUGUGAUUGUCGUUAUGGAACUCAGCUUGAAAUGCAGUCUGCAAAGAAGAAGAUAUCCAGCAAAGUUAUUUUGGUCAUUCUCUUAUUAUGUGCUACCGUCAUAACUCUUGGUUUUGUUGCUGCUUCGAUGUUGUGCUAUGCCUAUAGAAAGGAUAAAUAUUCUAUUCAACGACCUCUAUUUUCAUCCGACAAAGAAACAAGUUGCAACAGUGCUACGAACUUAAUACUAAGCCCAGGAACUUCAAUUGGAGAACAUGGAGGAUACACAGGUUCCUCCAACUGUGUUGCAGGUUGUGUUCCCAAAGCAUCCAGUUUUUUCAAAAGAAAACAGGAAGUGUUUUACGGAACGAUUAUUCAAUUUUCUUAUGCUGACUUAGAGAGUGCAACCAAUAAGUUCUCUGAUUCUAAUUUGAUUGGGGUGGGAGCAAGCAGCCGUGUAUACCGUGGUUAUUUCAAAGAUGGAAAAACUGUGGCAAUUAAGCGGAUUAAAACUCAGGCAGGGCGGGACGCUGACUCUGCUUUCUUGACAGAGAUAGAACUCAUAUCAAGACUUCAUCAUCGUCAUGUUGUUCCGUUGCUUGGCUACUGCUCUGAGCACCAUGGGAAACAUGCGGAGAGGCUGCUAGUUUUCGAAUUCAUGGAAAAUGGCAAUCUGAGAGAUUGUCUGGAUGGGGCUUCAGGGAGACAUCUGGAUUGGAGCACACGGGUCGCAGUUGCUUUUGGAGCUGCACGUGGCUUGGAGUAUCUCCAUGAAGCAGCUGCACCAAGAAUUUUACACCGAGAUGUUAAAUCUACUAACGUUCUAUUGGAUGAUAACUAUACAGCAAAGAUUACUGAUCUUGGCAUGGCAAAGCACCUCCAAAAUGAUGGUAUUCCUAGCUGUUCCAAUUCUCCUGCUCGGAUGCAGGGGACAUUUGGCUAUUUUGCACCUGAAUAUGCAAUUGUUGGAAGAGCUUCUCUGAAGUCGGAUGUUUUUAGUUUUGGGGUUGUGCUCCUUGAACUGAUUACUGGACGGCAACCAAUCCAUAAGUCAGCCAACAAAGCAGAAGAGAGCCUCGUGAUAUGGGCCACCCCUCGUCUGCUAGACAGUAAACGUGUAGUCUCAGAAUUGCCAGAUCCAAAUCUGAAAGGGGAAUUUGAAGAAGAAGAAUUGCAGGUAAUGGCUUACUUGGCUAAGGAGUGUCUUCUAUUGGACCCAGAUUCUCGGCCAACUAUGAGUGAGGUUGUUCAAAUCUUGUCAACUAUUGCACCCGAAACAUCUAAAAGGAAACACUUUUCAAGAGAUGACUUCAAGGAAUCAUUCAGUUAUGACAACAAGAGUUAUGGAGAAAGUUCUGGCUUUGUUGAAGUCGAGGAGAUCAAGCAAAUAACAUCUGAGAAUCGCUCAGCUCACUGCUCGUUGCCAAAUUGCGAGUUCAGUCAUUGUGUCGAAAUUAGUGAUGCGAGAGAACAAGUUAUUCCAGCUGCAUAUGUUGAGAAACUGCUCCUCCCAAGCUCAAAUUCCAAAUGUUGGAGCUCACAUGAUGAUGAAUCAGUUGAUUUAACUGAACCACGGUUUGAGAAAUUUCAUAUGCCAACUGUUAGAUCCCCAGGAAACAACAUGGAUGCUGUAGGAAAAUAGCUGAUUUCAUUUCUUUCACCUUUGGUUGCUUGAGGACAUAUCAAAAGGUGUUAGGGAGUGAUGGUUUACUCAUGUUUUCACGUCUUAGAGAAUCACGGGUUGGUAAAUGAUUACACAUACAAGGCAGUUGAUUUCAUUUUUUCAAUUGAUGUAAACAAGUUUACGAGGAAUUUCCUACUCUUCUUUCUUUUGUAAAUGAUCCUAGUUAGAUAUGCAGGUAUAGAAAGAGAAAAAAAAAGAGAUACAAAUUUAAACAUGCUUUAUUGCAACAAGUUGGAACUUGUAAAACCUUUGAACUCAUUUUACAAUUGCAGUUGAUCCAUCAAUGUUGAACUGUCCAGUACAGUAA